UCAGCAACCGCAUUGGAUCUCAAUUCUCAAACCGAAAAAGGUGGCAGCAGAAGAAAGGGGAAGCGAGCACAAAUGGCUUCCCCAGCCGCUCUCCGAGAACUACAGCGCGAAUUAGAGACCAAAGCCGACGAUCUUAACAAAAUCCAAAAAGAUAUUUCGAAGAAUCACCAAGUGAGAAAGAAGUACACUAUUCAGCUCGGUGAGAACGAGCUCGUCCUGAAGGAGUUGGAUCUGCUGAGCGAAGAUGCAAAUGUGUACAAGUUGAUUGGUCCGGUACUCGUAAAGCAGGAUUUGGCAGAGGCAAAUGCAAAUGUUCGCAAGAGAAUCGAAUACAUGUCUGCUGAAUUGAAACGGCUUGAUACAACUCUUCAAGAUUUGGAGGAUAAGCAAAAUAGCAAGAGAGAUGCAGUUUGUCUUAAAGGUACAACAGAGGAUCCAAUCACUCCAGGCCGGGAAAGCCAAGGCAUAGUUUACUUUCACACCAGUGUUCGAGCUUAGUAUGUUUUGUAAAUCUUACUCGAGGCUUGGAUGUAAUUACUUGUUUCACUGUUACAAACUCUUACAAUUAGUUCUGCCAUUACUAUUGUCCUUCCAGCAAUUGUGGGACGUAACUUGUUUGCCCCAAAUUUCUAUUUCCCUUCUGUUUCUGUCUGCCCUCAAUCUCUUUCGUCCUCACUUUUGGGGUUUUACUAGGAGGAAUUCAAUGAAAAUAUGAUGCCUUUGCCA